AUGCCCUCGAAAGGUCAAGCUAUCGGUGGCAAUGAUGCUCAGGCCGUUUCGUCGCCAACUACCUCCUCAGCGACAUCCCCAGCCCCGGUCACGCGGACAUCAUCUCGAGCAGCCGGGCCGGAGAAUAAAUCAAUAAAGUCGCAGGAAAGAGUGGAGGAAGAGACGACCGCGCAGGGUCUAGCACCGCAGCCAUUAAAUGCUGUCGAAGAAGUUGACGACUUUGGUUUGCCAAUUCGGUCACGCCCAAGAACUCCUCGAACCCCAGCAACUCUUCCCGAAGACGCCAGGGACUCAACAAGUCCCGGUUCCCUCGACCACCCCACAUCAGAGCAGACUGGAGCAAGUGAUACGGGUGUUAUAGAUCGCAAUGGCAACAAUGACCAGGCCGGCCAGCAGGCUGAGGUCAGAUCUGUCGAAGUAAGGCCUGACGCAGGGUCAAUCCAGGAUUCUUCCCCUAUCAAAGACCAGCCGCAAUCCAUCGCUGCCGACAAGCAGCCUCCUACACGAGACGCUGAUCCGCCACCACCGUAUGCGAAAAACGCACAGCCAUCGGAAUGGUCGCAUCAAUCAACCGCCCUGUCUCAUAAACCAGUGGUCGCACAGGAGGAGGAGGAAGAGGACGAGGAUGAGUGGAAGGAGAUGCCAGCCUUAGGAGAGAUGGACUAUUACGAUGAUUAUGGGAGACUCAUCGCUCGGGGUGCACAGGGAGCAGAGGAGGACGACAACGCAGUGUAUAGCGGCCUUGGCGGUGCAGGAAAAGGAUACACACGGGUGCAGCUGGACGAAGACGCGCAAUCUGCGAACAGCAUGGAUGAAGACACCAGCUACCUCUUCCGCGACGCAGCUGGUAACUCUGCGGGCUUCGUGGGGGAAGAGUUGCGCGACACCAUGAGUCAACUCCAGGCUACAAAGGACUUUCUGAAUGAGACUCAGAAAAUUGCCUACGUCGGCGUGGUUCGUCUGGUGAUUCACGAGAUGAAUAUGGAAUUCAGCAAGUUACCCACAACCAAGGGAUCACGUAAGGUGGUUGCGAAAGCUCAAGAUGCGCUGAGGAAGUGGGGUCAAAUGAUGAUGGGUCGCUUGUACAUGCACAUGGAUAUCAACUCGGCAGAACAGAUCAUGAUUGAGCAACUCGCCGAACAUGGUGUACAACCGGGAGAUCUUAUACGACCACUGAUGUCCAACGCACGCGUUAAGAACCCAAUGGCCAAAGAAGACGUCACUACAUCCCGUUCGUCGCUGUCAUCACCCACGCCAGGGAAUGAACAUCGACCUCGCGAAUCAACUGCCAGUGGUUUAUCUGGUCCAGACUCUCCUCCCGCAUACGAGGCCCAUGUGGAUGACCAGGCGGUUCCCGAAGUUCACACUCCGUCUCACUUGCCUUCAACGGAAAAGAUCGACAUUGAUCUUCGAUGGACUGUUCUCUGUGACCUCUUCCUCCUUCUCAUCGCGGAUGCGGCCUACGAUGCUCGGUCCCGCGCACUGCUAGAGAGAGUGGGCGCGGUGAUGGACAUUACCUGGCUGCAAAUUUCGCGAUUCGAGAAGCGUGUGACGGAUGCGCUGGAGAUGCAGGAGCAGGCCGAAAAGGAAACUUGGGAUGAGUCUGACCAUAUGGAAAAGCGUCGCAAGGCCAAUCUCACAUCAAAGUACAUGAUUAUGGGUCUGGCGACGGUAGGAGGGGGUCUCGUCAUCGGUCUCUCGGCUGGACUCUUAGCUCCUGUUAUUGGAGCUGGACUGGCUGCCGGAUUGACCACUGUAGGUCUCUCAGGCACAAGCGCUUUCCUGGGAGGGGUUGGCGGCACUGCCCUCAUUGCGUCGGGAGCCACUAUCGGUGGAAGUGCAAUCGGCAUGAAAGCUUCAGAUCGCCGCACUGGAGCGGUUCAAACCUUCGAAUACCGACCCCUUCAUAAUAACAAAAAGCUCAACCUGAUCGUGACCGUCUCUGGCUGGAUGACUGGCAAAGUUGACGAUGUUCGCUUGCCCUACAGUACGGUUGAUCCUAUCAUGGGCGAUCUGUACUCCGUGCUUUGGGAACCCGAGAUGUUGCGCAGCAUGGGUGACACCAUCAACAUCCUUGCCACAGAGGUAAUUGACCACUUCUUAGUUUUCCCUCUGCCUUUGACGAGCCUAAUCCUGCUGAUUUGA